AAAAAAAAAAAAAAAAAAAAAAAAACCCAAAAACCAACCCAAUUCCCAAACGGAGGCAUCCAUUACCUCCUCUCUCUCCUCUUACCGAUCUCCUCCGCCUCUUCAAGGAAGCUGAGAAAUAUGACGGAAGGGGAUGAUGAUGCUCGUUUUUAUGAAUGGGAUGACCAGUUGGAAAGUAUGGUUGCUUUGGACGAUGAUGAGAGUCUUAUCUCAUUCAUGACAAGCCCACCUUUUACAGAUGGCACAGCUGUAUAUGACAUAAACACUUUUCUAAAUAAUAUAUGUAUGGAUAGUUCUGUGAAAUGUGCCACUGCAUUGCUUGAAGGGAGGUUGGGCAUAGAUCCAAAAACUGUACUUGAUGGUUACAACCUGUUGCAUCGUGCCAUUUUUUUUGCAACUUAUGAAUUAGUUAAAUUAUUUCUUCAGUAUGGAGCUCGUACAGAUAUCACUUGGGAUUAUCACGUUUACAAAACGUACAAGGGGUUGCUCCCGCUUGAACUAGCACUUGCUAUAAUGAGAAGUUCUCUAUAUAUGCACUUUUCGUCUCCAGAACAAUCGGCUUUUAACUUAAUAGUAACACUUUGUGAUCCGGACAGAAGCGCGAAGUUGGCUAUUCCCAAGUUGCUUGCAUGGUUCUCCAAGGACAUUGAAGAGUUAGCUUACCAUUAUGCCAUGGAAGGAAAGCUCAUUGAGUUGGCUAUGUUGCUGAUUGUGGCUCGAGAAGACGUCUUGGUUCCCAUCACUUUUCAUGGAAAAGAUGGUGCUGGUUUAAAUGGAAGUACGACAAUCCAUGAAUGCCUUAAAAAUCAAUUUGUCUCUCUAAUUAACGAGGAGAUCAGCUUUAUGGGAGAAGUUAAACAUGGGAAAUUUUCUCAGUUUCACAAGAAGAGGAAGGUUAUGAGGUUGGCUAUGCUAUUGAUUGAAGUUUUUGAGAGGGCUGGUAAUAGUAUUGAGGAAUACCUGGAGCUGCAACAACCUGAUGUGCGGAGAAAACAAGUGGAGAAAGAUAUUGCUCUGAGGCUUGUGGAAGCUGGCUUUAACUUGAAGGCUGGAGACUUAGAUUUUAGCAGUAGAGACUGGUUCAUUUCCUAUGAUUCCCCUACCAAGUGCAUAGAGACUCGAUUAGAAGUUAAUUUGUCUCAGUCAUGGAGUCCUUGCUUGCCCAUGCUGCAGCAAACAAAUGUGUUUUCCCCCCAACAGAAAGAAAUACUUGGUGAUGGUCAUUGGUCAUCAGUCUCGACUUCUGGUUUCCACAGCAUCCAUGGUUUAUCCUCUGUGGCGAAGUCAAUUAAUAAAAUUCAAGUCUCAAAAUCUGUCCCUAGAUCUCAGUAUUCUACAGAUUUGGAUAUUCAAGUGAAGAAUAGAACAAAGGCAAUAGAAGAUAAUGUGCUCAAAUGUUUGUCGAGGGUGAAGUUUGUGUAUAUUGCAAUGUUGAUCAAGAGGGGAAUAAGAAUUGCUUGAAU